UAUACGACUUCGUCAAAUGCUGUUGGGUUGCUGCUGUGGCUCACAGGCAGGCAAACACUAGAUUCGAUGUCAUGCAAUUAAAAUUUUGGUCACACUAGAUUCUUCUACAAGAGAUGGAGAUUCAAAAAUAAAAAUAAAAAGCAAUAUUAAAGAUGCUUUGGAAUCACAGUCAAAGGAACUUCAGAGAAGAUACCUCUUAACAUGUUGACCCCACCUUCUGAUUCUAUAAACACCCAUUUCUGUUCAGCAGAAGAAAAAAAACACAAGGAAUUAGAAAUGGAAGAUACUAAGCUUGACAAUCAGCAAGACAAAAAUGAAGAGCAAGCAGAACCAAUAAAAACACCAGGGCUAUUCCAGACAAUUUUCAGGUACUCAGACGCAACGGAUAUGUUGUUUAUGGCACUGGGAACGUUUGGUUGCUUAGCAGAUGGAUCAUCCACUCCUCUUAUCAUGCUGGUCCUCAGUAAGAUAAUGAACAAAUAUGCCAUUUCUAAGUCCUUCACUCUUCAUGACAUCAAUCAGGAUUCCAUGACCUUAAUCUAUGUAGCCAUUGCAGUGGGCUUGGGCGCAUUUCUGGAAGGAUUCUGUUGGGCUCGCACAGCCGAGCGGCAAACUUCUUGCCUGCGCAGGAAAUAUCUAUGGGCUGUGUUAAGGCAGGAUGCUGGUUUCGUUGACAUUCAGCAAGGAAGUUUGACAACAUAUCAAGUAGUAUCAAGUAUUUCAGCCAAUGCUCUUACCAUUCAAGCAGUUCUCAGUGAGAAGAUUCCAAAUUUCCUUAUGAACAUAGCAGUUUUCAUCAGUUCUCAAGUGGUAGCUUUAUACCUCUGUUGGAAACUAGCAGUUGUUGCCAUUCCAGCUCUAUCUCUAUUGAUCGUACCAGGAAUAGUAUAUGGAAAAAGGCUAGCAGAGCUUAGCAAAAAAAUACAAGAAGCUUAUGGAGUUGCUGGUGGAAUAGCAGAGCAAGCAUUUUCAUCGAUCAGGACCGUUUAUUCUUAUGUGGGCGAGAAUCGAACAAGCAAAAAAUUUUCAGAUGCACUAGAAAGAAGUCGGGAUCUUGGUAUCAGACAGGGGCUGGUGAAGGGGUUUGCCAUUGGAAGUGCUGGAAUUGCUUUUGUUGUCAUGGCUUUCCAGGCCUGGUAUGGAAGCAUCUUGGUCACUAAGAAGGGAGCAAAGGGUGGGGAUGUUUUUGCAGCAGCGGUAUGCAUCGUCACUGGAGGACUUGCCCUUGGAAGUUCCAUGGUCAAUAUGAAGUAUUUUGCAGAGGCAGCCACAUAUGCAUCUACGAUAUCAGACAUGAUCGAGCGAGUUCCAGCUAUAGACUCUGAAGAUCAAAGGGACAAAACAAUUAUAGAUGUUAGAGGUGACUUGGAGUUCAAAGAUAUCGAUUUUGCAUAUCCUUCAAAACCCACACACAUGGUACUGAAAAAUUUCAACUUCAGAGUGAUGGCCAGUCAAACUGUAGGAUUGGUAGGCAGCAGUGGAUCAGGCAAAUCCACAAUAAUCUCUUUAGUGGAGCGGUUCUAUGAUCCCCUUAAAGGAGAGAUCUUAUUGGACGGAAUUAACAUAAAAACACUAGAGCUGAAAAGCUUACGGUCUCAGAUAGGUCUUGUUAGCCAAGAACCUAUACUCUUCGCAACUUCCAUAAAAGAGAAUAUACUUUUUGGAAGGGAAAGUGCUUCAAUGGAACAGGUCACUAAUGCAGCUAAAGCUGCCAAUGCACAUGACUUCAUCAGUCAAUUACCUGACAGUUAUGACACACAAGUUGGGCAGUUUGGAAUUCGGAUGUCUGGAGGUCAGAAGCAAAGGAUUUCCAUUGCAAGGGCAUUACUGAAGGACCCGAGAAUCCUGCUGCUAGAUGAAGCAACCAGUGCUUUAGACUCUCAGUCUGAGAAAAAUGUGCAGGAUGCUCUAGAUCAAGCCUCAGUGGGACGAACAACCAUAAUAGUUGCACACCGGUUCACUACUCUCCAUAAAGCCGACUUAAUAGCAGUUGUUCAAUCAGGACAGAUAGUUGAGUGCGGUUCCCACAUUCAACUUCUUCAAAAUGAGCAGAGUCCAUACUCAAUAAUGGUGCAGCUGCAACAAACUUCAGUAGAAGAUAAUGGACCUUCUGUGAUACUGGACUCUAACGAUGAUCUCAGUUUCACACAAGAGGCUCAAGAAACAAAUGAGGUUUCGGAAUUCCAAAACAAAUCAUUUGAUCAACAUACUAGGGCCAACAAACAUCAAGAAGAUGAUGAUAACAGCACUCCAUCUCUACGGCAUCUAAUACAAAUGACAGCUCCUGUACGAAACCAGACUCUUCUGGGUUGUGCUGCUGCUCUUUUCUUUGGAAUCAUUCAGCCUAUUCAUUCUUUCUGCAUGGGUGCUCUUCUGUCUGCCUACUUCAUCAAUGAUCACAAUGAGAUUAAGAAGCAGACUAAAAUAUACAGUCUUGCCUUCUUAACCUUUGGUAUCUUUAUUUUCAUCACCAGUGGGGUUCAACAUUACAACUUCGGCUUCGUAGGAGAGCACUUAACCAAACAAGUCAGGGAGAAAAUGGUAUCAAAGAUUAUGACAUUUGAGAUUGAGUGGUUUGAUCAAGAAGACAACACAAGUGGGGCUCUUUGCUCGAGACUAGCUACAGAGGCAAAUGUGGUUAGAUCUCUUGUUUGUGAUAGGCUGUCAUUGCUAGCUCAGGUCCUGUCGGCAGCAAUCGUAGCAGUUAUUUUGGGGGUAUCAUUGACGUGGAGACUUGCAUUCGUGAUUAUCAGUUUACAACCACUUAUCAUUGGGUCAUUCUACACCAGAGGUGUCCUAAUGAAGAGCAUGUCAAAGAAAGUCUUAAAAGCUCAAAAUAAGAGCAGUGACUUAGCAAGUGAAGCGAUUGGGAAUCACAAAACAAUUGUAGCUUUCUCUGCCGAGGGGAAAAUCAUGAAACUCUUCACAACUACACAAAUAGGUGCCAAGAGAGAAAGCCUAAAGCAGUCCUGGUAUGCUGGAAUCGGUCUAUUUGUGUCACAGUUCCUAACUGCAGCUAUGGCUGGGCUAAUAUUCUGGUAUGGAGGACGACUGUUAUACCACGAUAAUAUCACCUACAGGCACCUAUUUCAGACAUUUUUCAUUUUGGUGACGACCGGGAGAGUCAUAGCAGAGGCAGGGACCAUGACUUCAGACCUCUCGAAGGGCACCGAUGCGCUGAAAUCAGUUUUCAUGAUCUUGAAAAGAAAGAGUAAGAUGGAACCAGAUGAAAUGGAUGGGGUUGAGCCUGAGAAGCUGAACGGAGACAUAGAGUUCAAAGAUGUAUACUUUGCUUAUCCAUCAAGGCCCAAACAACUUAUACUUACGGGAUUAAGCCUCAAAGUUGAAGCUGGGAAAACAGUAUCAUUGGUUGGGCUGAGUGGCUCUGGCAAAUCAACCAUCAUCGGACUGAUUGAGAGAUUUUAUGACCCAUUGAAUGGAUCAGUUAUGAUUGAUGGACUUGACAUUAAGUCCUAUAACCUGAGAGGUCUGAGAUCUCAGAUAGCAUUGGUUAGUCAGGAACCCACUCUUUUUGCAGGUACAAUCCUUGACAAUAUCAGCUAUGGAAAUGAGAAUGCCACUGACGCUGAGAUAAUUGCAGCUGCAACACUUGCCAAUGCCCAUGAAUUCAUAAGUUGCAUGAAGGAUGGCUAUGCAAUGUUCUGUGGUGAAAGGGGAGUGCAGUUAUCAGGAGGCCAGAAGCAAAGGAUAGCUCUUGCUCGAGCCAUAUUGAAGAAUCCUUCAAUACUACUAUUGGACGAGGCAACGAGUGCUUUAGACAGUAAAUCUGAGAGCGUUGUACAAGAAGCAAUGGAAAAUUUGAUGAUUAGUAGGACCUGUGUAAUCGUAGCUCAUAGAUUAUCCACGAUUCAAAAGUCAGACUCGAUAGCAGUGAUUGACAAUGGGAAGAUAGCAGAAGAAGGUCCUCACGAUGUGCUUGUUGCCAAAAGAGAGAAAAGCAUAUACUACUCACUUGUCAGACUCCACCAAAAUGACACAUCGGGAUAAGAACCAUUCAUGCAUAUGUUCGUCUGUGUCCGUAUUUUUCCUUUCAUAGCAGGGUGGAUGAAAGUCAAUUGUAACAAAGUAGGGAAAAGGUAGGCUUGUUCGGUUUGUCGAACUACUAGAGACCAAUCAGGGGAGCUAAUUGCUGCUUGGUCCUGCAAAUUGUUCCCCAUUGAGGUUUGAUGUGCAUAACUCACUAGAGAAUGGUUGCAAUAGGAAAAACUUUUCAAAGGGAGCUGCUAAGACGAACUCAGCUUGGACUAACUCCAUUACUUAUCACUAGAGGAGGCAUCAUACCCACAUUUCUGAUUUGAGGAACCCCAAUGUCUACGGAUGAAGUUCCACACAAUCUCAAUAGGUCAGUUCGGGUUAAGUUCAUCUAUAUUACAAAGGGAACAUUUCAGUUGGCGCCAGAACAAAAGUAAAGUUGUGUAACACCUUCUUAUAGCAUUAAUGUCAAAUAUGCUCUUUAUUCCCCCCACCCCAAAACAAAAAAAAUAAAAAAAAUGCAUAUGGCUUGUGCCAGUUAAUCUAAAAAAACCACAUCCUUGAGAUAACCUCUUCCUCGAUUAUGAUAAUGGAAGAAACUGCCAAACUAGUAGCACACACAUUGCGUCUAUUCAAAAUCUAGCAUUCACUACAAGAAAAUGCACAUUUGCCAACUAAUUUUGGCGACUAAAACAUUUUUAGUCGCCAAAAGUAUAAUUUUUGGCGACUAAAAUUUAAUUUGGUCGGCAUUGGUUCAAUAUUUACCUACUAAACUUUUUUAGUCGAUAAAUAUUUGCAAUUGGCGACUAAAUUUAAAUUUAGUAGGCAAAAAUUAAAUUUUUCAGCGACUAAAUAGGAUAUUAGUCGUUGUUAGUGUACAAUUUAUCCUUAAAAAAAAAAAAUCUGUAAUAUUUCUUUUGCUCAACUAAAAUAGUACUUAGUCGCGAAAUAGGACUUUUAGCGACUAAAAAUUUCGUCGUUGUUGAGUGAUAAUUCGUUACUUUCCCGACUAAGUUCAAAAUUGGUCGGCAAAGGUUCAAAUUUCAAGUCGCGCCACUUCAUUAAUUGAUGUGCGCGCGUUGAUCUAUAGGCAACAGUAUCACACACAAGUGAACAACAGUGUAUCACACACACCUCACCAAAUCUCACAGAACUCAGCCCCCCUCACCGUAUUCUACUGUACGGGCGACAUUGCGACCGCCACCGCCACCGCCACCAGCGUCAAUCACCACCGUCGAAGCCCUUGAAUCACAGGUUCCCUCUCUCUCUCUCUCUCUCU